AUGCACCCUCCUCUCCGUACUCCCGUCGAAAGCCCCGCAGAGUUCAAUCAAAUUCUAUCUUCACUCAUGGGUACGGAGUUUGUAGAACCAAACCACGAGCGUACCAUAGCCACUUGUAUCUCGUUCACCAACGUCCACUAUAGGACCUUUGACGGGGUACACUACAACUUCAAAGGGGACUGUGCCUACAUCAUGUCAGAAGACAGAGUCAACAACCAGUUCAAGAUAUCCUUGGACAAUUCCUACGCUUGCAUGCUCGACUCACAGCAGCUGUGCCAAGAUAGGAUGCUGGUCAUUCAGUUGCCUGGCAGCCACACUACGAUCCGAGCACAGGGAUACAUCUUUGAGAUCGUGGAACCAACAGGGAUUAUCCGAUACGACUUCUCGUCCGACUACUUCAGAACAGAAUUCCUCAUGGGCUCAUCUGACACCAUCACCAAAAGGGGGUCUUUCAUGUACUUGACCUUGAAACGGUUCGCCAUCAGCGUCAAGUGGAGCUUGGAGGACAUUUUCUUCAUCACAGUCGACAUCUUCGAGCGCCCUGAUUUGUUCGGACGUGUGAAUGGGUUGUGUGGGAACUUCAACAACGACCACACCGACGACUUCCACAACCCCUUUGGAAUAGCCACCCCCUACGAGGGCGACUUCGGAAACAGCUGGGCCGAUACGGAGCUAUCGCCCUCUUGUGAGCCGAUGCAGCCAGAUGACCACCCCUGUCUGGAAGUGAGCGACCAAGUGAGGAGUGAUGCACUUGAGAUCUGUGUCCAGAUCACCGGAUGUCCAUUCAACGACUGCGCCAACUCGAGUUCGUACUGUGCUGAUCAGACAAUAGCUAACUGUCUGUACGAGUUCUGUCUGGCCCACGUGCAGGAUAGGGACCCGGAACAAGCAGUCUGCAACACCUUCCAGACAUUCGCCCUGGCCUGUGGCGAUAUGGGUUACCCCAUCGGAACGUGGAGAUCGGACGAAUUCUGCGGUAAGAAACAGUGUCCUGGCAACAUGGUCUACAGCGACUGUGGCUCUUCGUGUGUGGCCACGUGUCGUACCAUCCACACCCACCAGCAGACAGACAUGUGUACUACAGAGUGCAACCCAGGCUGUUUCUGUCCUGAGGGGACCUUCCUGAACGAGGACCAGUUGUGUGUAGAGAGGGAGGAGUGCACGUGUUCUUAUGACAAGGAGACCUACAAGACUAACGACACAAUUCAAGUGGACUGCAACGACUGUACAUGCAAGGGUGGCUUCUGGGAUUGCACCAACUACAUUUGCGACUCCCUCUGCGAGGUUAGAGGUCACGGACACCUGAAGACAUUCGACGGACUCACGAUCCAGUACCCAGGAACAUGCGACUACGUACUUGUACAGACAUACGAAGCGGAAGAUAAGGAUUUGAAGAUGAUUCUGAAGACCAGGUGUGCGGAUGAGACUGUGCCCUACGGAUGUGUGAAGGCGAUAGUAAUGUAUGUGGCGGGCGUGUUCCAAGGCAAAAGCCACAAGAUCGAAAUGGACGGGGAUGAUUUGAUCGUGAACGGAGAGACAAUGAGUCCAUCGGAAACUAUUCGAACUGUGGACGGGAUCCAAGUGCUUCGACUGACCACAAGCUACAAUGCUGUGUAUGCGGCCGGGGUGCGAGUGUUCUACGACAAACGAUCAAUAAUCGGCAUCUACAUUUCACAGUUCUACCAAGACCUGGUUGAGGGUUUGUGUGGUACUUACAACCACAACCCGAGAGACGAUUUGCGACUUCGUAACCGGAUGGUACAUGCACUGGCAGCCACUUUUGCCUCCGACUGGGCUGAGGACGACACCGACUGUUUCAACCCCAACUCAACCUCGGAAUUUAUAAGCAUCAAUUCACCCUGUGAUCACGUUUCAACCACUCUAGAAGAACCGGCUAAUGAUCACUGCGCGGUGCUCAUAUCGCCGACAGGUCCAUUCGCCGACUGUCACAACCACUUGGACCCGAUUGAUUACUGGCGCCAAUGCAAGUACGACUACUGCUCCUACCCCAUGAUGACAGCCAAUGGACAGGUCGACAACGACAUCUUCCUUUCAGUUCGAUGCUCCGCCAUCGCAACAUAUGCUCAACGGUGCGGCUACUACUCAUGGCUGGACACGACUCUUCUGGACACCUGGAGAGAAGUAACUGGAUGCACACAUGAGGGCUGUCCAAACACUCUAAUGAAGUACACCGAACGGGCGAACAUGUGUGGACACAGUUGUCGGCUAAUGUCGGAGAUGUCGCUUCUCGGCUACAACUGCGACUCACAUCGCAAAGUGGCGGGAUGUGCUUGUCCCGAUGGCAUGGUGUGGGAUGACGCGAGUAAUAGCUGUAUAGAAGAGGGCACUUGUAAUUGCUACCACAUGGAUGUAGUGACGCCUAAUGGGGGAACUUACGAGGCUGGAUGCAUGCACUGCAUUUGUAACGGCGGCUUGUUCGAGUGCACGAUCGAUGAACCCCCCUGCACCGCCGACUGUCCCGGGAACCUUGAGUUCAAAGCCGACGUCUCUCCCUGCCUACCCAAUUGCGACUCCCCCGACGACUACAAUGCGACCUCAUGCCCCCACGACAUAGUCCCCGGUGCAUGUGUGUGUCCCCCAGGAAUGGUUCUGAAGUACGCCUUGAGUAGUAUCUGUGUGUCUCCUGACGAGUGCUCCUGCUCCUUCGAAGGCCAUGAUUACGAAACAGGGGACACUAUCACCCGUGAUUGCACGACAUGUACAUGUAUGGGCAAAAACUGGGACUGUGAGAGCAACGAUUGUCCAUCGACUUGCUAUGCGGUGGGCGCGCAUGUAUACAAAACAUUUGAUGACUACCAGUACCAUUUUGGUGGGAGGUGUGGAUACAUGUUGCUGAAGACAACUGAUGGCAGACUGGAAGUCAAGGAGCAAGAUGUGAUGUGUGGAACUAGCAACUCGGUGUGUGCCAAGUCAGUCUACAUCCUCUACCGCGAAGACGUCACAAGUCCCUUCACAACCAUCGAAUUCAUUAAGGGCGAAAACGUUAGGAUAGACGGAGUGGUGGUGCCAAUGGAGACUCUGCAGUCUAUUUACACUGUCAGUGAAGGACUGACGCUGCGCAGUGUGGGAUACUUCUUUGUGGCGCUCAUUCAAAAUGCCCAUACUCAUGUCAGCAUCUCCUGGGACGGAGAGAUGUCAAUCUACAUACGAAUCGGAGAGAUGCACAGAUUUGAGACACUGGGUUUGUGUGGUACAUUUGACGGGCUGCCCGACAACGACUUCCUCUCUCCCGCCAACAUCACCAUGGGAACAGCCUGUGCCUUCGGAGACAGUUGGGUCGCCAUGGAUUGUGGCGAAACCGACUGUCUGGACUAUGCCGCCGAGGUGAAUAAAACAUACGGGUACAGAGAGGCUUGGGCUAUGGAACAAUGUGCACGCAUCACAGACACUUCCAUAUUUGGAAAGUGUCAUGACAAGAUUGACCCUACAAGUUACGUCAUGGACUGUCGCACGGAGAGCAUGGGAUGUGCAUUCGGGGGUGACUCUGGUGGUUGUGACCCGUGCAGUGGGGAGCCGAUCAACCUACUCGCUAUGGAUCCGAUGGAAGUGGCCCUUCCCCUGGAGACGACCUGUCCGUCUUAUAGGGUGUGUGGACCGGCGUGCACUCUCACCUGUCAGAACUAUGGCAGCGAGGAGAUCCACAACUGCACUUUAGAUGACCAAUGCUACGAGGGUUGUUUCUGCAUGCAGGGAUACAUAUACGAACCUACCACCAAGAAGUGUGUGUUGCCCGGCAACUGUCCCUGUGCUCUUUCUAUGGAGGGUUCAACUGAGGUCACUUAUGUCAGCCAAGGGUACAUUUACUACGAAAGCGACUGCACUAGAUGCGAGUGUUCGACUUUCGGCGAGAUGAUCUGCGUGAAAGAAUUCUCCAACCCCGGCUGUGGGUGUGACCCUGACCUAGAGAUCCCCUGCAGGGGAGAGGGGGACAACGCCACUGACAUCUGCAUGUCUAUUAUCUACACUUGCGACAACUUCCCCGACUGUCCCUACGGAGAAGACGAAAUGAACUGCACGACCUGUGCUAGACCUGAGCUCGAGUGCAACAAUGACUUCGGGGGCACGAAGCACUGUCUGUCGCCCUCUGACCUGUGUGACGGGGAGUGCGACUGUGUCGUCACUGUGUCUGGCACAGAGGGCUACUGCUCAGAUGAGGCCAACUGCACCAGCCAAUGCUACGAGUGGCAAUACCAGUGCCAAGUCAACACCGAGAUUUGCAUCCCCAAAUCAUUCGUUUGCGACGGUGAAAUGGACUGCGGCGAUGACGACCACUCAGAUGAGGCCAAUUGCACGUUCUGCGACGAGGGCAGUGUUGUGUGUGGUGACCUUGAGAACAACGUCAUGAUCAGCAAAUUCGGAGUGUGUAUCGAGGUAGGGCAGAUCUGCGACGGCCAUGAUGAUUGCGGGGACGGGUCAGACGAACCUCCCUUUGUGGGUAACCGAAGUGACCUGUACGAGCAUUGCAAUUAUACAUCCGAAAAAAUCGAAACAACCUUCAGACCUACUUCGAGUUCAAGUGCAAGUUAG